CAUGUGCUCCUCUGGUUGGUUAUUUGCUGCAGCCUCGAAAACUUCACUUUCCCCACAAAUAAUUGGAGCUAACUGUUGUUUAUCCAACUGCUGUGAACGCCGGUGACGCAGGAUUGAACCCGGGUUAACGCCGCUCGCGCAGUGACGUCAAAUCACAUCACGUCAGUCACAUCACACUCUAUGGAGAAGAAACACGAGAUUUGCAGACCCUUCCCGCCAACUCGCAACCCGGUGAGGAAGACGUGUGCAGAGAUCGUCAGCGAAGCCAGACAGUCCCUGCGCGUUCAGUCCACCCGGCGACCUUUCACACCCAGAGAUGCACACAGGCAACUCUUUGGCACGAGCUCUGCUCGCGUGGAUCGUGACAGCAGACCGCCAUCGUCCUUCAGUCUCCAUGCUCAAAAUUUUGAUGCUCCCGAUUCAAGGCCGGGUUCAGGGACUCGACUCGCUCCACUGAACCAUGAGCCAAAGUUUCCAGUCCCCUGUGACGCUAAGGAUGCAUUCAAAGGCGUUCCUAAACCCCCCGCUGAACCACUGGAAGUGAAGAGAGGAGUCGCCGGGGCACGGGCUCGUCUCCUCAGAGCUGGAUCUCUCCCCACAAUCCCUCCUGUAGAGAAACGCACAGAUGUGACGGAGAGAUUAAACACAGACUCAGGACAAAAGCAGCCAUCAGUGAAACGACUCCACAGCACGGACCACACCACAGUCCACUGUGCUCCACACAGAGCCGCCUCACACAGGACUGCCAGUGAAAGUAGACUGAAGCAGCCUGGUGAUGACUCAGGAGUUAGACCCACAGACUGCACAACAGGACGGAGAACAGAGCUGGAGGCCGGAGUCAUCGCCACGUGCACCGGGGAGGAUGUGGAGUCGCUGAUGUGGAAGAAUAAGAUCGGGCCUCUUCUCCAGCAGCUGGAGAGUGUGGCUGCAGGCAGCUCCGAGGGCUCGGCGGACUAUCUGUGUGAUUUGUGUGAUGGUCUCCAUGGCACCUUGGCAGAGGCGGACAUGCUCGGCCGACACUGUGAGAGGAGGUCAGGGAUUCUUAGAACACUGUUCCGGCUCAUCGACCUCAACUCGGCCCAGCUCAACCUGCACAUCGCCAAGCUCUGUCUGGCUCUGUGUGUCAGUGGAAACAACCUGCUCAACAUCUGUAAGCUCAUCUUCCAGAUCAGCCGCAGUGAAAACAACGACAUCCUCUUCCAGAACAACUCCAUCAUAGACUCCUUGCUGAGCGUUUUGCACCAUGAGGAAGUGUCUGCGUCCGGAGAGGCUCUCCUGUACUGCGUUGGCACUCUGAAAUUUCUCUCAGGAAACAGUGCGAUCCUCAGACUCCUGCUGGACAAGAACUGUAUGGGUGUGGCUCAGAAACUCGUGCAGAGGCUUCACACAGCGGAAGAGGCCCACUUCACCAUAGCGGGACACAUCCUCGUACAGCUGACCGCCACCCUGAGGAACCUCGCCGAGCACCCAGAUUCCCGUCCACACUUUGUGUCCUUCGGUGUUCUGUCAGAGCUCUGUCUGGUGCUGCAUCGUCACCGCAAAGACCGGGACGUCUGCACCAACAUCUCCAGAAUAUGCAGUAAACUCUCCUCUUAUUCGGAGUGUCGGCUCGCUCUGGCCCAGACCCCCAACUGCUACAGUCUAUUUUUAGAACUGCUGAGCAAACAUCACCAAAAACAGGACCUCGUUGUGCGCCUCCUUUUCACGCUGGUCAACCUCACGGCCAAAAGCGAAGAGGCGCGGCUACAGCUCUACCAGUGCAGCGGCUGCAUGGACACGCUCCUGCGACUGUACGACAGUUACCAGCGAAGAGGUUCUUCACCACACACCUCCCCCGGCAAACCUGCUGCUCCCCCGCUUAGCGUGGACGAGGAAGAUGACGUACUGGUGAAGCUGGUCAGUGUUCUGGCCAACAUGUGCAUCCAUCCGGCUGUAGGUCCAGCACUGGCAAACAACACGGCCUGCCUUCAGCUUCUGAUGGAGACUCUUGAGCUGAGGUCGAUGCAGGAGAGCGAGGAGCUGCUGGUGAACGUGGCUGCCACCAUCAACAACCUGUCCUUCUACCAGGAGGAGAGCUCCGUCAUCAGACACAGUCAACUCGCCAUCACAAAGUUGAUGCUGAAGUUGUUGCUCAGCUCCAGCGCGGACGCCAUGCUGGAGGCCACGCGUGUGUACGGGAACAUGUCGCUGUCCAAGGAUGUGCGGGACUUUAUUAUGCAAAACAAAGUGCACCGGUUUGUGGUGACGCUGCUCGACUCUAAGAGCACAGAAAUGUGCUUUUCAGCCUGCGGAGUCCUCACCAACCUGGCCAUGGACCCUCCAAACCGGGUCAGUCUCUCACUGGAGGGGGCCUCUGUCAAGCUGCUGGACUGUCUGAAAGACUUUGGACCAGGUGACUGGCAGCUGGCGGGACAGGUUUGUCAGGCGUUGUGGAACCUGAUCACUGGCGGUUCAGAGGAGCCGCUGGACCCACGGGAGAGAGAGUCUCUGCUGGACACCCUCACCACAUAUUUAGAUGAAGAGGAGGCUCUGAAGUGGACAGACAAUGAAGACACGAGGGAUUAUCAAAGGGCAUGCUGGGAGUUGGAGUUCCAGCCUGUAGCUCAGAAGCUGGUGAGGACGCUACAGACCCCGAUUCAGACAGACUGACACUGGGACAUCGUGGAGCGAGGUGUCACAACGCCACUCAAAUAAAUCCUUCAUGUGCUUCAUCUGAUUAGCAUCAAACACAUAAAUCAAGCUUCCGCUGCACGUGCAGUCACUGUGUCGAACACGAGCAAAGACAAUAGCUGUUUAACUUUGGAGUCUUAACCGGACCUUAAUUGCCUUAGUGAACAUUUGAAUCGUUGAUUAUUAAGUAAAACACUAAAUACUGUGUCCCGACCCACCAAGGUCACACAUGUGCAAGGACACAGGUUCAGGGUGAGAGUGAGACAGGCUCUGUCUUUUUUUUAUUGUUAUUUUAUUGUGAUGUGUUAAAGGAACAAAACUCACCUUUGACAUCUCUAUCAAACCAUAUGCUCAGGUACUUUCUUUUGCAAAUAGCUGUCUUUUUAUGACAAGCUAACUAUGAAUGUCUCUCGUGAAUUAUGACGCUACAAACUUUUUUACAGCAAGUGUCAGACGUUCAGAUUGCCGGGGUUUCAAAGUCAAAGCUACAUCGGCUCCAGUAGCUGAUAAAGGUGAUCAAUCAUGUGGGACAAUUACGAGCUGACCGAAUCUGCCUCAAUUGGGAGAAAUUAUGUGAAGUAAAGGCCGUUAAAAAUGACAUUUCCUGGAGACAAAUACUUGCACUUCCACUUUAAAUGUAUCUUGUAUUUAUUUCAUUGCCGUCUUAGCCUUAUUAAUUCGUCUUUAGGACUUCAUCAGGGUUAACCGAGUACAACGUGUGAAUAAUUAAUUAUUUACGCACGAGUACAUUCCGUGAUAUUUUGUAAACAUUUUAACAUUCAUGCACUUUUACUUUUAUUCCUCCUCAGUUUGUUAAGGCUUUUUUUUCCCCAGUGG